AUGUUGACAUCAAGAUUAGUUGUGGCAAAGAUCUUGAGGUCAUUGGCUUCAAAGUUUGACCACGUGGUGGUAGCCAUAGAUGAUUCGAAAGAUUUGUCGACAUUUACAAAGGAAGAGCUUCAAGAGACGCUUGAAUCUCAUGAACAAAGAAUGGUUGAAAGAGCUGCAGGAAAAUCGAAGAGUGAUGUGGCUUUGCAGGCUAGCGAGCAAAAGAAGAAAAGCAAAGAAAGUUGGAAUAGAAACAAAGAUAGAGGAGGCUACAAUAAUUCGACUGGUGUUAAAGAGGUAAAGCGGCAAGCAACAAAAGUAAGUAUUUGUUUAGAUAUAGGUUAUAUCAUAUCGUCUCCACAUGGAUUAGUGAUUGAACUACCGUUCAACAGUUUCCACAGUUAUGAGUUUGGAUUGAUUUGGUAA